UCUCAGACAACCUCAACACCGCAACCCACCUCACCAUCACAGCCCUCCUCACAAACCCACCUCUCCACUCCCUCUCUCUCUCCAUCCUCAUCCACUCCUUCACUUCCCAACCCGACAUGGCCCGACCCAUGUCACUUCUGACCCGACUCCGCCACCACCCACCUUCCCAUUCCCAUCUCACUCCCAUCACCACCAUGCUCAUUGCCUCUUACUUCAAAAGGAAGAGACCCAGAGAGGCACUCAAGGUGUUCAACUGGAUGGUCAGGCCUGGCUCCCCUGUUGUGCUUGAUGAGAGGGUUUGUGGGGUUUUGGUUUGUGGGUUUUGUAGGAAUGGAAUGGUGCUUGAGGCUUUGAAUGUGUUGAGGGCAAUGUUGGGUGUGAAUAUCGUGCCGGGGUGUGAUUUGAGGAAGUGGGUUUAUAGGGGUUUGUUGAGGGAGGCUAGGAUUAAGGAGGCAUUGGAGUUGAAUAAGGCCUUGGAUUGUGUUGGGGAUGGUGAGUCUGAGGGUUUUAGAAAGGUUUUGGCUUUAUUGGAUCAUAUGAUUGAUAGCUGGACAGAGUAGAGCAGCCUCUCGAGAUGCCAGUAAGGAGUGACUGAUUUGCCAACAUUGCUACUUUCUCCAUGCGCAGUUGGGGAAAGGUUCUGGGGGAGCUGUUAUCUCUGGUGUUGCUCUUAUGUGUUCGUUAACUGAAGGCACAAAGAGCUGCGAACUCUAGUCUAGUCUUCAUCACUGGCUGCACAACACCUGAAUACAAAAGGUUUCCUCAGGGCAGAAUACCAGCUUGGUUGAAGCAGGACACUUGAACUUGGAGUGCUCCCAAUCUUUGACAGAAUCCCUGUACUACGGUACUACUAUGCCAUCAAAUUC